ACCAGCAGCUCAGCGAAACAAAUCCAAUCGAGUUUGGUUUGCAGCAUGGAUUUUAAUUUAAAGAAACGAGCAAGACACGAUGUUAAAAUCGAAGUGAUUAGCUUGGAAGCAAAGUAUCCACAGAAUGUGAUGCUUUAUCACUACCCUCCAACAGAAGAUGUGCAUAUUGAUGAAUUUGAAGAACUUGCCUUGGAGCGUUUACGUCUGCUGCGCGUUUUUGAUCGGGCCACAACAAAGGGACUACGCCUGCUCUCCGAUGACUGGAAGGAAUAUGUGAAUGCUGAAAUGACCAGAGAUGGACUCCGCAGCUAUAUGCGCAUGGGCACUAGCGGCAGCUCCACCAAACAGGAAUCCGAUCUACAAGUACGUCGCCGUGACUAUUUGUCGCACUUUAUACUGCGUUUGGCCUACUGUCGCUCAGAGGAUUUGCUGCGCUGGUUCGUGGCACGCGAAAUGGAGUUCUUCAAAUAUAAAUUCGCUGCGCUAAGUACUGCGGAAAUUAAGCAAUUUCUUCAAGCGAACGACUUUCAUAUUCAUCCACUGACGGAAGAGCAAAAGGACGAGGUGAAGGAUGGUCUCUAUGAGAGCACUGUGGGCCAGAGUGUGUCCAAGAUUGAACUGCUCGAAUUCUACAAAGUGCCCUUUACACAAGUAUUGGAUUUAGUGCGGUCGCGUCGCUGCUAUCUGAAGGCCGGCUUUGCUUAUGUGAAUACCCACGAUCUGGUGUCAAUUGUGGGUGCUAGACAGCUGGAUGAAAUCGAGCGUGGCAUGCAGGCAGCGAAAUCCUUCAUCGCUGACGUCGAGGCAGACGAACGCAUCUCACGCAUGAUCAAGUCCCUGCACAACUCGUACACGGGCAAGGAUUACACUGUGUGCCGAGAUGCCUCGGUGCCGAUCGAAUCACUGGAUCAGCUAUCGAAAACAUCGAUGCCACUGUGCAUGCGUAUGUGCCACGAUCACAUACGCAGCCAGCAUCACAUCAAACACGGCGGUCGCAUGCAGUACGGUCUCUUCCUAAAGGGCAUUGGCGUCACCCUCGAGGAUUCGUUGCGCUUCUGGCGUGAGGAGUUCACAAAGAAAAUGGACGUCGAUAAGUUUGCACGCAGCUACGAAUACAACAUUCAACACAACUAUGGCAAGAAAGGCUCAAUGGUCAACUAUACUCCCUACUCCUGCCUGAAGAUCAUUAAGGAAAUGGCCGCGCCUGGUGACUGCCACGGGUGUCCAUAUAAAACGUUGGAUCAACCGGCGCUGAAAGCCAAACUCUCUUCCUUUGGCCUUUCGCCUGCCGGCAUCGAGGAAGUCAUGUUCUUUGUUUCACGCAAUCAUUAUCAAUUCGCCUGCGGCAAAUACUUUAUGCUGACACACAACUCAACGCUGGAGCCGACAAUCAAUCACCCGAACAGCUAUUUUGAGGAGAGCCAGAUCCUGAUGGGCAAUCGUCAGAAACGAGCGCCGGGCCCUCUUCAACAGAAUAACAAACUCCGAGCAGCGAUCAAGGGUGGCGCAAACAGAUCAAUGCUAAAUGGCGACGACGAUGACGAGCUGUGGAAAAUUGCCGAGACACAGGAGAAGGUUUACCAGAGCCAGAAGGGCAUCGCCGAGGCCUUUGAUGAUGAUCUAGAUCUAACAGAAAUUAUGGAAUAAUAAUUAAAUACUAAAUGUAGCUAUAGAUAUUAUAUAAGAAAUUAAAUUAUCUGGUAUAGAAACCGAACCGGUUUCCUGAUUGGA